AGAAACACCAUCACCAGAAUAAGAGGAACAAGAACUGCAGGCGAGAGGUUGCUAAGUAAAAGAAAGCUGUUCAUUGAUUAUAUUCCCUGUAGUUUGUAAGUUGGCCCUGCUGCAGAAAUGGAGGCAACAGAAGGAGAGGAGAGUCUGGAUGAGCAGGCAGUAGCGGAACCAGUCUCUUCUGGACACCAACGGGCCUCUAUGAAGCCGAUUUGGGCUUUGCUAGAGGAAGCAGCCCAGAUAAAAUCAGAAGGAAAUGCUUUCUACAGGGAGAAGAACAUCCGCUCAGCCAUUGGCCAUUAUCACCGCGCUCUGCUGAUCCUACGAAGCCUAGACUCCAAAAUGAUGACGUCAGUGAAAGGUUUUGGACCAGAGACACCUGCUCUCACACCCGAACAGGAGACUUUACUGAGAAACACACAAGUGGACUGCUACAACAACAUAGCUGCCUGUCUGCUGCAGAAACAGAGUGUUGACUAUGCUCGUGUAUUGGAGUACAGUCUGCGGGUGUUGCAGUGGCGACCAGGUGAUGUCAAAGCACUGUACAGAGCAGGAGUAGCCACUCUGGAGAUGGGAGAUGCAGAGACUGCCAAGAAGUACCUUAUCCAGGCCUGCAGAGAGCAGCCUAAUGAUGCCAAUGUGAGAAAGUACCUGCAGAAGGUUGAGGAGAAACUGAAUCAGGAGUUACAAAAAACGAAGGCCAUGUAUCGAGGCAUGUUUUCCCCCAGCCUGAAGAGCAGCUCCACAGAGGGGAUUAGCCAAACCAAAACAACUGGCGAGGGGGUUUAUCACUCAGCUCAAUCAAAGCCUCCACUUGAGAGAGACUGUAUUCAACCUCAACCAAACGGAGAAUGUUGAGUCUUAAAUCAGUAAUGGUACCGUGUCUCUUUUACGCAUGUAAGAGGUGAGCACAGGAAAGUGAUGAUUGUAGAGAAUACUGGAAUGCAGUUGGCAGAAAAGACGUUGCUGCUGAAAAUAGAAAGGAAAUGACAGGAAAGUUAGUUUCCUAGCAACAGAGACACUGAGCUGUUUUGCAGAGCGAAAGAUCAAGAGUUGGAUAUUUCACUUGAAUGCUUCUGAAGGCUGAAGUGAUAUUCUUCAUAUAAUACUCCAAGUUCUGAUUAUGCCUCCCGUUGCACUUGGCCAGUCAGCUCUGUGAAUGUUUUUUUUUUUAAUU